UGACAGUUAUGUACAUCUUUGAGAAUUCAGGAGUGUCUGCUAUGUAGCGUGAUGACAGCUAUGAUAUUGUCGGUGUAAAUAGGUUUUGUUUUCGUUUUUAUUCUAGUUUCUUAACUUGAUGACAUUUCUAGGGACAAUCAGCUGAAGGUUGUGAUAUGUGAAGAAGGAUUUUUGUUGCAAUGUCAGAUAGUCAAAAGUUCGUACCGAAUGAUUUUGUGCCACAUCGAGGAAUAUUACAUAAAGAAGACUUGCCGCAGAAUAUUCUUUGUAGGCCGAAACUUAUGCCUCUGAAAUCCCUGACUACUCAGAAGUUAGAAAGUAUGAAUAAGGUAUCAGAUAACGAGGCCAAAAACUUGAAAUCCAAAACGGCGAAAGACGUUUGAUGAUAUUUUACGUAGCGGACGUGCCAGACAGAAAUGACUGUUGGUCCAUUAGUUGUUGAUGUCGUUGUGACUUUUUUCUUAGCUUUUAGCAUCAUAUACAGAUAUAUUAAUUGGAGACGACAUCACGUUAUCGUAAAGUUCGCAGUGCUAACAGGAUGGUACUUUUCGUUUCUCAUAAUCUUCGUUCUUCCACUGGAUGUAUCAUCUACUGUGUACAGACAAUGCUUGAAAAAGAAUAAUGUCACAGAGUCUGAAAAUACUACUUCUACAGUCUGCCGUGAACCAUGGAGCUAUGUUGGAAACGAUCUGUAUUUACACCUCUGGCAUAUUGUCUAUUGGACAUCACAGUGCCUAACAUGGCUUGUACUACCCUUAAUGCAAUCAUAUAUAAAAGCUGGGGACUUUACAAUCCGGGGUAAACUUAAAUCAGCUUUGAUUGAUAAUGCAAUAUAUUAUGGAUCAUAUCUCUUCAUAUGUGUCAUUCUUAUAAUAUAUAUUGCAGUAAGACCAAGCCGUUAUUUUUAUGGUCAGAAUCUGAAGACUAUUGCAUCGUCAGCCAGUAACACAUGGGGAUUAUUUCUGUUAAUUCUUCUUCUCGGUUAUGCUCUUGUGGCUGUUCCUCGAUCACUAUGGAAUGCGAGUAAGAAAGGCUAUUCUCUAAACUAUGCAUAUUUCAAAGCUGGAAAACUGAGUUUAGAGAAGCUGGAAGCUGAAGAAGCACUUGAUGAUGUUUUGGAGACACUUUUGGGUGUUAAAAUGUCAGUAACACCAGGGCAUCCAUCAUAUAAAAAUGUAGAAACUAUUCUCCAAAAGCUUCCAAUGGAACUCCAGGACCGUAUGUGUCGUAGGCAACUUCCUGAUGAUGCCCCACUUGAUACACCAUCUGAAAAAGCAUUGGUUAGACUUCACAGACAGGUUAUAAAGACCUUACAAACAUAUCAUCGCACUGAGACACAGUGGACUAUACUUGUGGAAAAAAUCUUUGAACUGGAAGACAUAGCAUACAAUCAAGAGAAUCGUGAUCAUGUAUUUAGGCCUACUUUCCGACCAGUGCGACCUGCAUUGCUGAAUUUGAUAUACACACCUACCAUUGAAUGGUACUGGAAGUGUGUGCUUCAGAACUAUAUUCUAAAACUGAUGGCAGUUGUCACUGGCUUGCUAUCCGUUGCUGUUGUUUGGUCAGAAGUUACUUUUUUUAACAAAGAACCAGUUCUGUCAUUGUUUGCAGAGUUCAUUAAUUUAGCAGCAGCAAGUUAUGAUUAUGCCACAAUAGAGGUUCUUUCAACAUUGGUCAUUGCAUACUUGUGCUAUUGUGCCUAUUCUACAGUUCUCAAGAUUAAAUUUUUAAACCUCUACUACCUUGCUCCACAUCAUCAGACAGAUGAAUAUUCACUUAUCUUCUCUGGAAUGAUGUUAUGUAGGCUCACACCACCUAUUUGCCUAAAUUUUUUGGGACUGAUCCACAUGGAUAGCCAUGUCAUAAAAACACACAUCAUGGAGACUUACUACACACAGGUAAUGGGACAUAUGGAUGUUGUGCCCAUUAUAUCGGAUGGCUUCAAUGUGUAUUUUCCUAUAGCCGUCCUGGCAUUUUGCCUUGCAACUUACUUUAAUGUUGGGUCUCGUAUUGUGUCAUGGAUAGGAUUUCACCAGUUUUUGGGUGAUGAAGAAACUGCAGACUUGGUUGCUGAUGGAAGAGCACACAUAAGAAGAGAAAUGAGAAGACGUCAAAGAGUCGAAGACUCAGUAAAUCGUCGUAAAGCUUACGAAGAAAGGCUGCAAGACAGUACUCGAUACAGGUCAUCUCGAGAAGCUGCUGAUGAGAGAGUGCAACCUCUUCAUCGAGAAGAUUCAGGAGAAUCAGCUCGUGCGGUACUUCUGCGUGAUGUGGAACCUGUCGAUUAUGUAGAGACUGUGCCAGCAAGAAGAUUUACCCAAGGACGUAAUCAGUAUUACACCAAUGUUGAGUUAGAAUCAAAUGAAAAUAGUGUGCAUACACACACUGAUGACACGUUACUGUAUCAGAAUGGCUCUGAAAGUGUUAUCGAACCUGCUUUCGGGUACCAGACAUCAAGAGAUAGACAUGGUCUUCCUCCAAGAGGAUUAUUUGAUGAUGUUUAAUGUUUGUUACAGAUAUAAAAAGAAAUGAACUAUUUACUAUACAAAGGAUAGAUAUUAUGUAUAAAAAUAUUGUCAAUCUGUUGUUACCUACUUGUAGAUACUAUGAUUCUGAAGGUGGCUUGACAGAAUGUGAGAGGUGACUUUGGUCAUCAUUGCAAGUGAUAUUCACAUUCAAAAGUAAAGCAAAGCACACAUUAACUGUGUGUUGAUUCACAUAUGAAACUGUUAUAGUCAAUCUCAGCAUGGUUUGUAGUCUUACACCGAGUAUCAUAGGUUGAAAAAUUUUGCCUCAGAGAACUUCUACUCAGUUUUGGUCAACAGAAUACUCAGUUCAGAAUAAGGUAUAAUUUUUUUGUAAUCACAACAAAAAUGUGAUAAUUUAAUUCUGACAGUAAUGAAAGAUGUUACAUAUUCCUGUAUUUGCUGACAUUUAUUGUGGUUAACUUUUUUGUAUCAAUGAUUGUAUAUUUUCUAGUGGACAUACUGUGUAAUUUCUGUGCUAACUUUACUGUCUAAAUGGACGAGGGUGCGCUGAAAAGUAAAAAACUCUUAAAGCUUUGUUAAUAAAACAAAUAUUACUGAUA